AUGACUCCAGUACACUUUGAAAGAGGACUUGUGAACCUGACCUAUACUUUGAAGGAAACUGAUCAAAGGGAGUGGUUUCCGCUGCAGAAGGCUGCAGUUCAGCCAAUUCCACAAGUAUUUGAAGUUACUUUAGAUGCAUCUUAUGAAUCAACAUGACAAUAAAAAACAUGCAAUGAAACAGCACUAAGUUUGGCAGCAAAAACUGGCUUUGUGGAAAAUGUGCAAAUGAUCCCGGAAAAGGGUGUUUAUCCCAAUACCAUAAGUUACAAGAGAAAUUAUUGGUCAGCAAUGCAAGAAGCUGCAAAACAGAGAUGCAAAGACAUUUUUGAUGUUCUGAAGAAUGAUGGAAAUGUGAACAUUAAGGACAAAUAUUGAGUAACACCAUUAGGGGUUAUGGCUGAAUGUGGUCACUGUGAUGUGCUGGAGCAUCUUAAUCAUAAAGGUGGACAUGUCAAGGCCUCAGCAGAUGAUUGUGUACCAGCAUUAUUUUAAGCAGCUGGAGGACGUAGUCUAGGCUGCAUAGCUCUGCUUCUGAAAUGAAGUGGCAGUGAGCCUGGUGAGGCAGGGCUGCUCCCCACACACAAAAUGGCUUGUGAGGGCCUGGGCAGGAAGUAUCUCAUUGCAGCCACAUCCCAAACUUUAAUCCAGGAAAGUGGGCCAAGCACUGUUCAUUCUGCAGACAGCCAGAACCAAUGUCUAGAGCUUGUCAUUGAAAAUGGUUUGGAUGUCAACACUCUCUUGUCUGAACACAUAACUUCAAAUACUUAUGAUGACAGAAGAGGGACUGCACUUUGUUGUGCUGUUUCUAAUAAUGAGAUUCUUCACACCAAAAUAUUGCUCAAAGCAGGAGCAAAUCCAAAAAAGGAUCCUUUAAACUAUGUUCUCAUAGCAGUGAGAGCUGACUGCCAUGGAAUUGUAAAGCUACUCCUAUCUUAUGGAGCAGAUGUCAACUGCUAAUUUUGUUGCUUAAUAUUCGCAUUUCCCCAGUGCAUUUGGUAUUCUUUGAGUGGUGACAUGAUGCUGAGGCUGUUGCACAGUCAUGGAUAUAAUGUGGAGAUGUGUUUGGACUUUGUGUCAGGUAUCUUUGGAAAUUCUUUUGUGUGGCUAGCUCCAGAGCUUGAGCCUAUUCCCUGUUGUUCUACUUCUUCAAUAAACAAUAAACUAAUAAAUACAUACAUUCCUUGCUUCUCUUCACUUGGCUCUUUUCGUUAG